UGCUGCCCGCUCCCUCCCCCGCCGCGGGUCCCAGCCCAGCCCGGACCGGAGCUUGCAGAAUUCGCCAGCGCUAUGGAGUCAGGUGGCAUUGUGAACCCAGUGAUGGAGAAGGACCCCAAUCACUACCAGGAGGCCGUGGGCAAUGGGGUGGCAGCUGACAGACUGGUGGCGGGAGCUGGUGACGUGCCUGGCCUGGAUGUGGGGCUGGAUGACUUUGUGGGUGCCAACCCCGACUAUAACGAGGAGGAGGAGGAGCGCAAGUACUUCCGCCGCAAGCGCCUCGCCGUCGUCAAAAAUGUGCUUGCAGCCAGCCUGGGCGGGAUGCUGACCUAUGGCGUCUACCUGGGCCUGCUGCAGAUGCAGCUGAUCCUGCACUAUGACGAGACGUACCGGGAAGUGAAAUACAGCAACAUGGGGCUGCAGGACAUCGACAGCAAGAUGCUGAUGGGCAUCAAUGUCACCCCCAUUGUGGCUCUGCUCUACACGCCCAUCCUCAUCAGGUUCUUCGGCACCAAGUGGACCAUGUUUCUGGCCGUGGGGAUCUACGCCCUCUUCGUCUCCACCAACUACUGGGAGCGCUACUACACGCUGGUGCCCUCGGCCGUGGCCAUCGGCGUGGCCAUUGUGCCCCUCUGGGCCUCCAUGGGCAACUAUGUCACCCGGAUGGCGCAGAAGUACUACGAAUACAUGAACUACAAGGAGGAGCAUGUGCAGGAGCAGCAGCGUGCCCCACGUGGUGCCUACAACGCCUACAUCAUCGCCUUCCAGAGCCUCUUCUACGGCUGCUUCCACCUGAGCUUCGUCUGCGCCCAGAUGCCCAUGCUUUUCUUCCUGAAUUCGUACCUGUACGACCUGAACCACACGCUCUGCAAUGUGAAGAACUGCGGCACACUGAGCAAAGGCAUGCUCCCCGGCUUCAACGCCACGGUGCUGCAGAGCCUGCCACGCAGCAUUAACCUCAUCAUCGUCGAGAGUGUGCUCAUGGGCGUAGCCUUCCUCUCCAUGCUCAUGGUGCUGAUCCUGUGCGGCUCGGCUUAUCGCCCCACGGAGGAAAUCGACCUGCGCAGCAUCGGCUGGGGCAACAUCUUCCAGCUGCCCUUCAAGCACAUGCGGGACUAUCGCCUGCGCCACCUCUUCCCCUUCUUCAUCUACAGCGGCUUCGAGGUGCUCUUCGUCUGCACCGGCUUCUCCCUGAAUUACGGCGUCUGCGCCAUUGGCCUGGAGAAGCUGGCCUACAUCAUCAUGGCCUAUGGCUUCUCGGCCGCAGCUUGCUCCAGCCUGGCGCUGUCCAUGCUGCGCCUGCCCCGCCAGGCCCCACUGCUGGCUGGAGCUGCCGCGCAUGCCAUCUUGCUCAUCGGCCUGUUCUGCUGGGCACCCCACCCGCGUGUCCUGGACCAGGCCCCCCUGCUCUACUUGGUGGCAGCGCUUUGGGGGCUGGGCAGCGCCCUGAACAAGACCAGCCUCAGCACGCUCCUGGGGAUGCUGUACCAAGACAAGGAGCGCCAGGACUUCGUCUUCACCAUCUACCACUGGUGGCAGGCGCUGGCCAUCUUUGUGGUGUACCUGUGGUCGGGGCUGCCCAUGAAGGCCAAGCUGUCCAUCAUGCUGCUGACCCUGGUGGCCUCGGUGCUCUCCUACCUGUGGAUGGAGCACAAGCUGGGGCGGCACGUGCUCUACCGCGUGCCCAAGAUCCCCAAGCCGCGGCACAAGGUGCGGGGCUACCGCUACCUGGAGGCCGAGAACUCAGACGAGACGGGUUCGGAGGGGGAGUCUGAGCAGGACAGUGACAGCUCCCAGCAAGAGCAGGCAGGGCCCGGUGGGCAGCGGCACCAGCAGAAGUGUGCUUACGAGCAAGCACUGGGGGAGGAGGAUGGGGAGAACGUGGGCUAGGGAGCCCGCCACCAUCACCAACUCACUGCAGCUUUCCCCCCAUCUUGCCCAUUGGCUGUGGUGCUGGAUUGUCCCCACCGAACUGUGCCAGCUGGGCCUGGCAGCAUCUCCCACCCUCUUCCAGGCCUGGUGGGAGGGGCCUGGAGGCAGAGAGAGGACCCCGCACAUCAAGGUGACCCGGUGACUACUCCAGAGGGCAUUGGAGCCCUGUUCCGCUGGGACUCCCAGUCCACUUCACAAAGCAGGUUUGCUAUGGGGCUGUUUAGCAUCCGUCCCUCCGGGCUGCCCCCAGAGCACCCCCUGCACUGGUUGGGGUCUCCAGGGGCCUUGGUGCUGUUGGAGCUGGUCGGGAAUCAGGCCCGGUCUCCCAGGGCAGGCACCGGCUCGUGUCAGCUCUGGACUGUGCAUGGUGCUGUCUGUAAUGGGCCGGGCCCAGCCCAGCCCAGCCCUGGGUAGUGCGUAGAGAGGCUGGUGCACUGUGGAGUAGUACUGUGUUACCAUGCCUGAUACUCGGGCUUGGGAUCUGCCCUCUGCCAAACGUGGAGUGGCUGGCACUGAUUGUUGCCCUUUGUGCAUGGGCACCACUGCUGUUCCCAUCUGAAAAGGGCAGCAGUUGCUUUUCCCAGCACACAUGGUGCCCACAUAAGGGGACGAUGCCAGCCCCCACAGCUGCCUUUUCCUGGCAAAGCAAGGGAGGGGCAUGGAGAGCUUUCUGCCAGUGCCCCCUUCCAGGAGGGGAGGGCCCAGCCCCAUACUCAGCAGCCUACUGAGGCCUGGCACCUGUGUGAGCGGGGAAGCCCAUGAGGCCAGGCCAGCCUGGGCACUGGUGCUGUAAAGCCCUGUCCUGCAGUAGAGGAGCUGUGAUUCCUGCUGCUCGAGCUGCUUUUCCCUGUCCCUGCCCCACCAGCCCCCGCAAGAAGCAGAGCAUACCAUGUCUGCAGGCUGAGUUCUGGAUACUGGACACUGCCCCCCACACCUCCCGUGUCCUACUGUGCUUUGUAAAGGCCCUUUCCCAAUAAAGAUCCUCUCUCUGA